GUCGCGGGGACCGUUUCCCCCGGGCGUGCUGCUGCCCUGGAAGCUCUGGCAGAGCGGGCUGAACUGUCGCGGGGAGCUGCAUGGAGGACCCCAACGGCGGCGGGCCCGGGGCUGGCAGCCCAACUGGGAACGGUAACAGCAACGGAGGCGGCGGCGGCGGCGGCAAGGGAAAGCAGGCGUCGCCUAAGGGCCGGGACAUGUUCAAGAACCAGCGGAGGGAGUCCGAGGGCUCGGUGGACUGUCCCAACCUGGAGUUUGAGUAUGGGGAUGCUGAUGAACAUGGGGCUGAGUUAUCAGAACUGUACAGCUACACUGAAAACCCAGAAUUCACUAUCAACCGGCACUGCUUUGAAGAGGAUUUCAGGACUCAAGUACAAGGCAGGGGCUGGCUGGAACUGGAGGAGACCUCACAGAAAGCCUAUAUAAUGCGUCUCCUGAACCGGUUGGAGGUGGUUAACAGGGAACAACGGCUGAAAGUGGCUCGGGCUAUCCUCUACCUGGCCCAGGGCACCUUUGGUGAAUGUGACACAGAGGCUGACAUCCUGCACUGGUCCCGAUAUAACAGCUUUCUCCUCUAUCAAAUGGGAACUUUCACUGCUUUCCUGGAGCUACUGCAUAUGGAGACUGACAACAGCCAAGCCUGCAGCAGUGCCCUUCGGAAACCAGCCAUUUCCCUCGCAGACAGCACAGAGCUCAGGGUGCUGCUCAGUGUCAUGUACCUGAUGGUGGAGAACAUUCGCCUGGAACGGGAGACAGACCCCAGUGGAUGGAGGGCAGCCCGGGAAACCUUCCGGACAGAGCUGAGCUUUGCGGUGCACAGUGAGGAGCCGUUUGUUCUCCUGCUCUUCUCCAUGAUCACCAAGUUCUGCAGUGGCCUCGCCCCUCACUUCCCCAUGAAGAAGGUCCUGCUUCUGCUAUGGAAGGUCGUCCUGUUUACACUGGGCGGUUUUGAGAUCCUGCAGAACUUGAAGAUACAGAAGAGGGCAGAAUUUGGCCUGCCCCCGCUAGCAGAGGACAGCAUCCAGGUGGUCCGCAGCAUGAGGGCCGCCUCACCCCCCUCCUACACGCUGGACCUGGGGGAGUCGCAGAUGGCUCCACAGACCUCCAAGCAACGAGGCCGCCGGGGGCGCAAGCAGCUCCUCACAAAGCAGGACAGCCUGGACAUCUAUAAUGAACGGGAUCUCUUCAAGAAUGAGGAGCCUCCCCCCGAGGAGGAGGAAGAGGCAGGGGAAGGGGAGAGCACCCUGGAUGGAGAGCUUGACCUGCUGGAGCGGGGACCCAUGGUCCCGCCUCUGCCCUCCCAGACUCCUACCACAGAACGUGUGACUUUCCCUAAAGGCUUACCGUGGGCCCCCAAGGUCAGACAGAAGGACAUUGAGCACUUUUUGGAGAUCAGCAGGAACAAAUUUAUCGGCUUCACCCUGGGGCAGGACACAGACACGUUGGUGGGAUUGCCGAGACCUAUCCAUGAAAGUGUGAAGACUUUGAAGCAGCACAAGUACAUCUCCAUCUCUGACAUCCAGAUCAAGAAUGAGGAAGAGCUGGAAAAGUGUCCCAUGUCGCUGGGAGAAGAGGAAGUACAGGAGACCCCAUGUGAAAUCCUUUACCAGGCCAUGCUGUAUAACCUCCCACAGUAUAUGAUUGCUCUGCUGAAGAUUCUCUUGGCUGCUGCCCCAACUUCCAAGGCCAAGACAGAUUCAAUCAACAUCCUGGCUGAUGUGUUGCCUGAGGAGAUGCCCAUUACUGUGCUUCAGAGCAUGAAGUUGGGCAUCGAUGUGAACAGACACAAAGAGAUCAUAGUCAAGAGCAUCUCUGCUGUGCUGCUCCUGCUGCUGAAGCACUUUAAACUCAACCACAUCUACCAGUUUGAAUAUGUGUCUCAACACCUGGUGUUUGCCAAUUGUAUUCCCUUGAUCCUGAAAUUCUUCAAUCAAAAUAUUUUAUCCUACAUCACAGCCAAAAACAGCAUCUCAGUCCUGGAUUAUCCCUCCUGUACCAUCCACGAUUUGCCAGACCUUACUGCUGAAAGCCUGGAAGCUGGAGACAACAAUCAAUUCUGCUGGAGGAACCUAUUUUCCUGUAUCAAUUUACUCAGGCUGCUUAACAAACUGACCAAGUGGAAGCAUUCCAGGACCAUGAUGCUGGUGGUGUUUAAGUCUGCCCCGAUCCUCAAGCGGGCCCUCAAGGUCAAGCAGGCCAUGCUGCAGCUGUACGUGCUGAAGCUGCUGAAGAUCCAGACCAAGUACUUGGGGCGCCAGUGGAGGAAAAGCAACAUGAAGACCAUGUCGGCCAUCUACCAGAAAGUGAGACACCGCAUGAACGACGACUGGGCCUACGGCAACGACAUUGAUGCCAGGCCUUGGGAUUUCCAGGCGGAAGAAUGCACUUUAAGGGCCAACAUCGAAGCCUUCAACAGCCGGCGCUACGACAGGCCCCAGGACUCGGAGUUCGCACCUGUGGAUAACUGCUUGCAGAGUGUCCUGGGACAGAAGCUGGAACUCCCUGAGGAUUUCUAUUAUUCCUAUGAGCUCUGGUUGGAGAGGGAGGUGUUUUCACAGCCCAUCUGUUGGGAGGAGCUCCUCCAGAGUCACUGACUGGGUUCUCAUCUGUCUCCCACACAGUGUUGAAUGCCAUGGGGAAAACACCUACACACACACACACACACACACACACGGGAUCAUGCCCACUCUGCUCUUCCACCUUUUAGAAGCUCUCCUUAAUUUUAAUUCCAAUCUGAAGCUCCAGGUCCAGAACGGGAGAGCUUGAUUUGAGGGGAUUAGUGAAAGGGAGAGGAGCUAUUUCAGCCCUAAUUUCUUCUUUCCCUGCCUAUCCUCUGGGAAAAAUGUCUAAAUCCAGGACAGAUAUGGGAGUAUUGGGGCAAGGGGUGGGAGUGAGGGUCUCAGGACCAAAACAUGCUCCCCUGGAGCUGAUUUCCAAGAUCCAGAACGACCUUGAAUGCUAAUGAGUCUUAUAGUGGGGGUGGAAGGGCCCAGACCAGAGACACUCUGGAUAAGAUCCUGGGUUUCCCCCUUUUUCCCCUUUGCCUUUGCUGGCUAGGAGAGCAUUCCCUGGGUUCUCUGGGGCUUUCUGACUCAUGGCAUUCGCUUCAGUGUAAGACCUGCAGCCCUCCUCCUCCUAAACUGGGUAACUAGUGUUGCAGAAUGAAGGAAGAUAAGUGUUUUGUGGUUCAGUCCUGGAUUUCUUAAGACUUGGCCCGAGGAUUUUCCCAAAUGCUAGUUUUGAAAUUGGGUUCAUCUUUAAAUCUCUGUCAAAGAUAUCUCAGGCAUCUGUACCCAGUCAAUCCACAUAGGCCCCUUGGGAAGAUAACAUUGUCACUUGGGGAGUCAGUCAAGCCUGAAGAUGGAGGACAGAGGCUCCAACCCUGCACGUCCCCCGACCCCUGCCACUGCAUGCACACAUACAUGCAUGCUUCUGAAAGUCAUUUGCAAUAAGUGGAGCUACAUAAGAGCCCGCUUACUACUGCAACAUUUCAAUAGACUCCAUAGGACAGAUCUAUCCUUCCAUGUAAGGCCAUUCCUAGAUUGGAGAAGAUGAGAGUCUUAUUCUCCCAGGCCUGCAUGUGGGAGUACAGUAUAUUGUAUAUAAUGAUUAUUUUCUUUGUUCCCUAAAGAGUCUGUACUGGAUUUCCAAAUGAUUGCCCUGCCUCCUCUGUUAGAAUCGACACCAUUUUAAGAAGAGACUACUAGCAUGGAACACCCAGGUUUCCUCAGAAAAUGUUUUCCAAUUCCCUAACUUCCCCCAGCUCCUGACUGCCUGAGUCUUGCAGAAAAUUACUCUUUUUUUCCCCCACUUCAUUUUUCAAAAGACAAGUUAACCACAGGAGAGCAUAGUUAUUAUAUGAAAAUUGUAUCAUUCGUGCUACGGAUCGAUUUAUUUUUUAAUUGAAUGGAACAGCAAAAACAGCCUGGCUUACCACUUUUUUUCACCUUCCAACUUGAUUAAUCUUCCUGCCCCUGCAUUUUCAGUGUCCUGGGGAGAUUUAGCAAUGUCGCUUCCACCUAAAACUAUUAAUGCCUCUUCAGAAAUCUAAGGGCUGGUGUGCUAAGCUGCCUUGUUUUCUCCAUGCUAUAAUAAAACCACCAGAUUUCUGACAGAAAGAAGGCUGAAUGGCCUCUCUCCUGGCACAGUAAGGACCAAUUGUCCCCCCCUGCCCAAGAAUGAUACCCUAUGGCCUUAACUCUUUCAAAUUAUACCUCCCAAAAGGUUCUUUUCUCUUUUCUUUACCAGUAAAGCUUCUUAAGGCACCUGCAGAAACUGGCUGUAUUUAUUUACUCCUUCCCUUGUGAGGAAUGGAGAUUUUGUUUCACUCAUGGCAUUAUUAAUGUUACAGCAUGUUGUUAUUGAUGCUCAACUCAAAUAAAAAUUUAUUAAGCACC